CAUGAUGCAAAGAACCAACAUGUCUGCAUCAUCAGAGAGACCUGGAGUAUUUAGGAAGACAGGCCGUCAGGAGGAAAACUUCCAGUUGACAAAUUCUUGUAGUCAGUUUAGCUUUUCUCUCUCUGUACCAGAGUUUCUCGUCAUUCUUCUAGACAUUGCUCGGCCUUAACCACAACUGCUAUAGGUAAUCGUAGACUUCGAGACGGGCUUGUGUACAGGGUGCUUCUGGGCGGUUCUCGUCGACAAGUCAGAGCAAGCUCCCUGUGAAGCAUCAUAGCUUUUGCUGCGUAUUUAGAGGCACCAUGAAGUGGGAAUCUAGCCGUCCGUUGGACAUCCACUCCUCGCCGUCUCGCCCUGCGCACGCGGACUCCGUGCUUGCGCUUCCCCUCUCGACUCCCCUUCUCCAGCCGCCUCCUCCCCACGUGUCCGUUGGUCGCCGAGCAGCUCACCUCGCCGAAGUCUUCACUCCGAAUCAGCGGUUCGCCUCCGUUCCAGCAGUCCCGGGAGGUUCCUCUCUUCAACCGUCCGCCUUGCCUUCUAUCGAGGGGAACACCAGUGGCACCAGCAGUCGCAGUCGCACCGCCACGUCAUCGCUAUCGUUAUCACUGCCGUCCUCGACGUCGUCGUCGCCGCCGUCGCUUCCGUUCGGCGGUCCUUGCCGGGCCAAGCCUGUAGAUUCAGCAGGACCAGCAGUGUUGAAGCGGGGGAAAUCCGCUGGUUACAAAGAGAGGCUGUUGCCGGCGGACAGUUCUGCUGCAUCGAACCCUGACUCGGAAACUGCUACAAGAUCGAGUGCUUCCGGCUCGCGGCAAUCAACGGUACCUCCGUCCAGUAGUGUCAGUUUCAGGGGGAGGAGUAACUCGGGCAACAGAUUGGUCAGCAGGAGCGAGGAAAACGGCGAUAUCACUCGGCGAGACGACGGGCGCGCACAACAGGCGGUCACGGAGUGGGGGGAUUCCGGGCUCUCCGCCCCUUUAGUUGCGUUCGAGCGGCGGCUGGACGAGGCGGAGGAGUGGCUAGGAGCCGCCAUGACGGCGCUUGGCGCGCGCAGCCGCUCCCUCGCGCAAGCCGCCGCCACCGCGGCGAGUUUCCCGCAGGAGCGGUGGGAGAAGGCGCGCGGCCGAUGGCAAGCGAAACUAAGAGUGGAAGGCGGAAGGGUGCCUGCUAGGCCACGCGGGACGCAGCGCCGGUUGGCAGUGAAAGAAACGCAGCUGCAGGAGGAGGCGGCGGGAGAGCGGAGGGUGCAGAUUUCGGGAGCGGAGGGAGCGGAGGGAGCGGAGAGGGAACGGCGGGAGGGGGAGCGGGAAGGGAAGGGGGUGCGGGUGCGGGGUGGAGUUCCGGAGCAGCUGAUGUGUGGCGCGUUUGCGGGAAUUGUGUCGCGGACUGCCGUGGCACCGCUGGACCUGAUUCGGACGCAUCUGAUCAGCAGCAACGGCCUCCCCGGCGCGCACAAGACGGCGGGGAGCGUCUUUUCCGCAAUCAUGGCGAGGGACGGCUGGAAGGGCUUCUUCCGAGGCAACGGUGUCAACUGCCUGCGCGUGGGGCCGCACAAGGCCGUAGAGCUCUGCACCUUCGAGAUGCUCAAGCGCCUCCUCUGCCGCCCGGGCCACCCGCUGCAGCACGUGGCGGCGCCGCUCUCGGGCGCGGCUGCCGGGCUCGCAGGCACGCUGCUGACGUACCCGUUAGAGCUCAUCCGCACGCGCAUCAGCGUGCAGCCCGAGCUGUACCGCGACCUGGGGUCUACCGUACGGAGGAUCGUUCAGGAAGAGGGCGCCCUCUCCCUUUACCGGGGAAUAGUGCCAUCACUGCUGGGCGUGGUGCCGUACGCAGCCAGCAACUACUUUGUGUACGACGCGCUCAGGACGGCAUACAGGAAGGCCACUGGCAGGGACCAAGUGCCCAACGAGGUCACGCUGCUGUUUGGGGCUGCGGCUGCGUCUGCCUCCAGUGCUGUGACCUUCCCGCUUGAGGUGGUUCGCCGGCGGCUGCAGCUAGGCGUCACAGGCACGGCAGGGCCCCAGACAGCCAUUGCCAUCCUCAAGGGCAUCUGUGAGGCAGACGGGGUUAUGGCCGUGUACCGGGGGCUGGGCACCACGUGGCUGAAGCUUCUCCCGGCUGCUGGCAUCUCGUUUGUGUGCUAUGAGGCGGCACGGGUGGCACUGAGGGUAGAUGACGCCAGCAUGGCUGGAGGGCAGGAGAGCAGUGGUUUAAGCAGCAGCAGCAGCAGCAGCAAGAGGGCGGGUGAGGAGGAGCAGGGAGAUGAUGGGAAAGGCUUGGAGAGGAGUGGAGAAGGCAAGUGAAGGCUGAGAGGACGGGUGGGCACCACGCGGCGCACGGUGGCGGAAUAAAGUGGCUGUUGACUGUGGCUGGUGGAGGUGUGCCAGUAGGUUGCCUUGGGGGGGGAGUGGGCACAAACCACUACUUGCCGCGACAGAGGCAGGUGCUGCUGCGGAUAUGCCAGGGUUAACUCCUGACUCCCUGGUUGUGCUGUGUAUAACACCCAAGGCUGCAGUCGGUGUGGUGUGGUGGGCCCCCUUGUGCGGGCCUGCCACGCUUUACUCUUGAGAUCAUGUGCAUUUGUCAUUAUGUAGAUCGCCUCUUGGCCACACUGUGUUUUCCCUGCCAGUCCUGGCCAGGGGCUUCUUGUAGCAUGCUGUAAAGGGCCAGCCAGAUCAUGAUGUUUUCUUGUCUGCUCAUUUGUUCAUAUCAAUCUUGCUGCCGAAACCGGUUAAU